AUGAGCUUCGUGGAGCUGCUGGCCCGCCUGGGCGGGAUGGGCCGCUUCCAGAUGACCUACGUGGCCGCCCUGGCCAUUCCGCUGCUCAUGCUGGCCAGCCACAACCUUCUGCAGAACUUCACCGCCGGCGUCCCCGAGCAUCACUGCCGGCCUCAGCCCGCGGUCAACGACAGCGUUGGGGAUGUCCCACUCUUCGUCUCCAUCCCUUCCGACGGCCACCGCCGUCCCCAGCGCUGCCGCCGCUACGUGGAGCCCCAGUGGCACCUCUUGGAGGUCAACGGGACGGCCAACGGCACGGCCAACGGGGCGGCCACCGAACCUUGCCACGACGGUUGGACCUACCACGAUGGUAUCUUCGCUCACACCAUCGUUACCGAGUGGGACCUGGUGUGCGAGUCCAAGAAGUUGAGGCAGGUGGCCCAGUCCAUCUACAUGGCCGGGAUCCUCCUGGGGUCCGGCCUCUUCGGGGUCCUCUCCGACAAGUGCGUGGUCAAUCCGGAGCUGUACUGGGAGGAACUGGGAGGAACUGGGAAGGGGGAAAGGGGAGGGACCCCCCCCCACCUCACCCCCAACCCCUCAACCUUCCGCAUUGAGUGGAUCCCGACGGAAGCGCGGGCGGUGGUGGGCACCAUCAACGGUUACUGCUACACCCUGGGGCAGUUCGUGCUGGCGGCCGCCGCCUUCGGCCUCCCUCACUGGCGUUGGCUCCAACUCGUCGUCUCCCUCCCCUUCUUCAUCUUCUUCCUCUACUCCUGGCUCUUCGUGGAGUCAGCCCGGUGGCAAGUGAUUUCGGGGAGACCCGAUCUGGCCCUUAAGGGGCUCCGGAAAGUCGCCCGCGUCAACGGCAGGAAGGAGGAGGGGGACAAACUCAGCGAGGAGGUGACGGGGGCGCUGUUCUCCACCAGCUUCGCCUACUACGGGCUGGCCAUGGAUCUGCAGGGCUUCGGGGUGGACAUCUACCUGAGCCAGUUGAUCUUCGGGGCUGUGGACAUCCCGGCCAAGCUGGCCUCCGUGGUGGCCAUCAGCUGUGUGGGCCGGCGGGUGGCCCAAGGUGGCUCCUUGGCACUCGCUGGCAUCUGCAUCCUUGCCAACAUCAUCGUGCCAACGGAGCUGCAGAUGCUGCGCAUGGCCUUCGCGGUGAUUGGGAAGGGGUCGUUGGCCGCCUCCUUCAACUGCGCCUACAUCUUCACCGGAGAGCUCUUCCCCACCGUCAUCAGGCAGACGGGGAUGGGCCUGGGGGGCCCCAUGGCCCGCGUGGGUGGCAUGGUGGCCCCACUGGUGCGCAUGGCAGCCGACGUGACCCCGGUGCUGCCCCUCAUCAUCUAUGGGGCUGCCCCCAUCAUCUCCGCCAUCGCCACUUGCUUCCUGCCCGAGACCCGCAACGUGCCCCUGCCCGAGACCGUCAAGGACGUGGAGAGACGGUGAGGAGCUCCCCAGAGAAGCGUCCCCCCGAUGGACCCCGUCCCCACCAGAUCCCCUUUUUCUCCCCCCGAUCCUUUCACGGUUGACGGGAGGGGGAAAAUCGCCAUUUUUGGGCAAGAUUUCUUGGAGGAGCCCAAACGGGUUUGGGGAGAGAAGGGCCGAAGGUUUUGGGGUGGGAAGGGACGAAAGUUUUGGGGCGAGAAGAGUUGA